AUGCCUCGGAUUCGCAAGAAGACAAGCAAGCGACGAACGACGCAUCAGCGUGCAAGGAUCCAGCAUAAAGUCAAAGAAGGGAAGAAGAAAUCGAAGAAAGAGGCGAAGAAGGAUACUCAGUGGAAGUCAAAACACCGCAAAGACCCGGGUAUACCGAAUAGUUUUCCGUACAAGGCUGAGUUGCUUGCUGAGAUAGCGGAGCAAAGGAGACAGGUGCGCGGCGUACUGUUCAGUAUUGAUCUCGUGGUUAGAAUGACUUAUGUAUCCGUUGGGAUUUGUAGGAGGAAGAAGAGAAACAGAAACGAAAGGAGCUAA